AUGGGCGACCUCAACCAAAAAAAGAAAGAAGAGAAGCCAAGAGACAUCAUUUGCAUGCCUUUUUCUAUCAAAGUAUUUCGUUUAUAUUGGUUCUUUCCCUCAGCAAAAGAUUUGUUGAAUCCAGGCAAAAUGUUUUACAUAAAGUUUGUACUGAUCGCUGUGUAUAGUUCUCUUGUUCUGGUUGGCAGUACAUUACAUCUGGUCAAAAGUAUCAAAGAUAAUUCUUAUAACCACGCAGAACUAGAUAUCGGUUACAUAAUAUCUAUGUUGGCUGGUUACGGCCUGAUCUGUUCUUACAUCACCAAAGUGAGAUUUGCCGUACAGCUCUACUUGUCCCUUUCCGACUUCUCGGAAUUCGAAAAACCCUACGACUUCGACGAAACCAACAAGAAGUUCAACAGAUACGCAAAAUACCAUUAUGGCUAUGUGGAGACGUUAGUGAGUUCCAUCUUGCUGGGGUCAAACAUCUUCAGAGGUGAUCAGUGCCGUGAAGAUAACGAGAAAAGAGGUCUGAACGAAGUCUGUGGUCUCUUCACUUACACAUGGAUGCCCUUCAAUAUCGACUUCUUUCCCGUCAAGCAACUGUAUCUGUUUCAACAGCUGUUUGGUACACACUACGUAUACAUGGUGGCCGACUCUCCGACGGCGUAUCUGAAAACAAAAUUCACGAGCAUUGCUCGAAAUUAUCAGCAAGACACCAGUUAUGACGCUAAAUUGAACAAUUUAUGUGAUGAGUUGAAACUGAAAAUCAAACAAGGAGAUGAAAUCGAGUUACUCGAAUUGUUACUCAAUUGUAAAAUUUCGGGAUCAUUAGAAAAUCAUUAUUUCUUCAGAUCAAGCUCGAUGUUGAUGGCUAAGAUUCAGCAGAAUGAGAGCAAACAAGUGAGCCAAGAAGUUUCAGUGGCAAGUUCGUUGGAACAGAAGAGAUUCGAUGAGUUGAGGAAAAAACCAUCGGAAUGA